AUGAAGGAAGACGUGAAGGGGAUUCCUGUAAGAGUAGCAUUGCGAUGUCGUCCUUUGGUCUCCAAAGAGAUUAGCGAGGGCUGCCAGAUGUGCCUUUCCUUCGUACCCGGGGAACCUCAGGUGAUUGUUGGUGCUGACAAAUCUUUCACUUACGAUUUUGUGUUUGACCCCUCUACGGAGCAGGAAGAAGUCUUCAAUACAGCAGUGGUGCCACUCCUGAAAGGCAUCUUUAGAGGAUACAAUGCUACUGUCCUUGCUUAUGGACAGACUGGCUCUGGAAAAACGUAUUCAAUGGGAGGCACAUACACUGCAGAACAAGAGAAUGAACCAACAGUUGGGGUUAUUCCACGGGUCAUACAACUACUUUUCAAAGAAAUUGAUCAAAGGAGUGACUUUGACUUUUUCCUGAAAGUGUCAUAUUUAGAGAUUUACAAUGAAGAAAUUUUAGAUCUUCUCUGCUCAUCGCGUGAGAAAGCCCCUCACAUAAAUAUACGGGAGGAUCCUAAGGAAGGCAUAAAGAUUGUGGGACUCACAGAGAAGACUGUUUUUGUGGCACUGGAUACUGUUUCCUGUUUGGAGCAGGGUAACAACUCUAGGACCGUGGCUUCCACAGCUAUGAACUCUCAGUCAUCCCGAUCUCAUGCUAUCUUUACCAUCUCCAUAGAGCAAAGAAAGAAAAAUGACAUGGAUAGCAGCUUUCACUCUAAGCUUCAUUUAGUAGAUCUUGCUGGAUCAGAAAGACAGAAAAAAACCAGAGCUGAAGGAGUUCGUUUGAAGGAAGGGAUUAAUAUUAACAGAGGUCUCCUAUGCUUAGGAAAUGUAAUAAGUGCUCUUGGCAAUGAAAAAAAGGGUGGCUUUGUACCCUACAGAGAUUCCAAGUUGACUAGAUUGCUUCAAGAUUCUUUAGGAGGUAAUAGUCAUACUCUUAUGAUAGCAUGUGUGAGUCCUGCUGACUCUAAUCUAGAGGAAACAUUAAAUACACUUCGCUAUGCUGACAGGGUAAAAAAAAUAAAAAAUAAACCUAUUGUUAAUAUUGAUCCCCAGAGAGCUGAAAUUAAUCAUCUGAAGCAACAGGUUCAACAGCUACAAGUCUUAUUGCUACAAGCUCAUGGAGGUACACUGCCUGGAAAUAUAAAUGUGGGGCCAUCAGAAAAUCUACAAUUAUUGAUGAUGAAGAAUCAGUCCCUGUCAGAGGAGAAUAAAAAAUUAAGUCGUGGUUUGAGUGAGGCAGUUGGUCAGACAGCCCAGAUGUUGGAGAGGAUCAUUUUAACAGAACAAGCGAAUGAAAAAAUGAAUGCCAAGCUAGAAGAGCUCAAAAAACAUGCAGCCUGCAAAGUGGACCUUCAAAAAUUAAUGGAGACUUUGGAAAGCCAAGAACUAAAAGAAAAUGUAGAGGCAAUUCGUAACCUACAGCAAGUCAUUGCCCAGCUAUCAGAUGAAAAUUCUACUUGCAUGACUAACUCCAUUAACACAGCAGAGGAGUCAGAAGUUCAAGAGGUUAACAGUCCACAGACAAGUAGGUCUUCCGAUACUUUCAUUACUCAACAUGCUCUACGUCAAGCUCAGUUGUCUAAGGAGCUUGAUGAGUUAAAUAAAGUGCUUGCACUAAAAGAAGACCUAGCUAGAAAGAUUAUUCAGAAUGAUAACCAACUAAAGCCCAUUCAAUUCCAGUACCAGGAUAAUAUUAAAAAUCUAGAAUUGGAAGUUAUCAAUCUGCAAAAGGAAAAGGAAGAAUUGGUAUUUGAACUUCAGACAGCAAAGAAAGAUAUCAAUCAAGCCAAGUUAAGUGAGUGCCGCCGUAAACAUCUUCAGGAAUUAGAGGGUCAAAUAGCUGAUCUGAAGAAGAAAUUAAAUGAACAGUCUAAACUUUUGAAACUGAAGGAAUCCACAGAGUAUACUGUCUCCAAAUUGAAUCAGGAGAUAAGGAUGAUGAAAAGUCAGCGGGUACAAUUAAUGCGUCAGAUGAAAGAAGAUGGUGAGAAGUUUAGACAAUGGAAGCAUCAAAAAGACAGAGAAGUAAUACAGUUGAAAGAGCAAGAUCGUAAGAGGCAACAUGAACUGCUCAAACUUGAAAGAAAUUUCCAGAAACAGUCUAAUGUGCUCAGACGUAAAACUGAGGAGGCAGCAGCAGCCAAUAAGCGUCUUAAGGAUGCUCUUCAAAAACAACAGGAGGUAGCAAAUAAACACAAAGAGACUCAGAGUCGUGGGAUGGAAGGCUCUGCAGCUCCUAUAAAGAAUUGGCUUGAAAAUGAAAUUGAGGUUCUGGUCAGUUCCGAGGAAGCCAAACGCCAUCUGAAUGACCUUCUUGAAGAUAGAAAGAUCCUUGCUGUGCAUGUAGCUCAACUUAAAGAAAAAAAGGAAUCAGGGGAGAAUCUACCAUCUAAAAUCAGGAGGCGUACUUUCUCACAUGCUGAUCAGAAUGGUCCAGUUUCUCCAUCAGAGGAUUCCAUCACAAAGCAGAUUAAAAGCCUAGAGACUGAAAUGGAACUCAGGAGUGCUCAGAUUGCUGACCUACAGCAGAAACUUUUGGAUGCAGAAAGUGAAGAUAGACAAAAACACCGCUGGGAGAAUAUUGCUACCAUUCCAGAGGCCAAGAGUGGCUUGAAAUAUUUAAUUGGAGAACUGGUUUCUUCCAAAAUACAGGUCAGCAAACUUGAAAGAAGUUUGGAACAGAAUAGGGCCAGCUGUUCUGACAUUCAGAAGAUGCUCUUUGAAGAGCGGAAUCAUUUUACUAAAAUACAGACAGAUUUACAGGCAGAGCUUGUCAAAGUGGAGCAAAAGCACCAAGAAAAGGUGCUCUACCUUCUUGGUCAGCUGCAGCAAAGCCAAAUGACAGAGAAGCAGUUAGAGUCCACCAGUGUAAAGAAAAACCAGUUGCUGAACACAAAGAAUUAUCAAGAAGAACUUGAGAAGAUGCAAGAAGUAUAUACACAAAAUCAGCAGCUUCUCCAAGAAAAUAAAGCCAUGCAGCAGGAAUUGACUCUUCUCCAAGCUGUCAACAAACAGAAACCCCAUCUUUCUCAGCAUAUACUUUUCUCUCCAGAUUCUUCUUUUGAAUAUAUCCCACCUCAGCAAAAACCAUCCUGUUUUAAAAAGAAGUUUCUGGAGCAAAAUAUGAACAUGGAAGACCUAAAAUAUUAUCCAGAGUACUCUGAUAUUGAUAAUGGGAAUGAUGAAGAAUGGAAGCCAACAAAAUUAGUUAAGGUGUCCGAGAACAUCCAAAGGUGUUUCUGCAAGAGCUGGAGUGGGAACAAGCAGUGUGUAUGCAGGAAACAAAAGUUGUACUGUGGUGUACAUUGUAGCUGUGACUCCACAAAAUGUAGGAACCAGCAGCAGAACAAAGAUACCUUGGGCACUGAUGAGCAAUCCCAGGAUUCUGAAGGCUCUUUCAAACUGGAGGAUCCCACAGAGGUGACCCCAGGUUCAAGCUUCUUCAACACUAUCUGUGCCACUACUACCAAUAGCAAAAUCCUGAAGAAUAUGUGUGACAGGGAACAGGGUUUGUUAAAGAAAAUAGCUCCAGCUGCCUCUUCCAUUGACUGCCCAGAGUCCAAAAAUGUAGCAACAGAAGCCCAAGAAAAUAAAGCUCUGGGGAAGAAAAAGAGGAGUGCUCUGGUCAGAAAUACCAGCUUCUUUGGCUGUUACUUUUCUGAUGAAGAGACCCACUGA